AUGCAGAAGUUACAACCUUUGAGCUGAGUCAAUAGGAGCUCACACUGCUAUCUGAUUGGAUCAUGCUAGCCAGGGACGGUUACCCAGCAGCCCUUAUGUUAGCCCGGUCCCCACCAAGACCCAGGUGACCCCCGAGGAGGAUUCACUUCUAAGACGAUGGCUCCGACAUGGGUUUUGGUUCUGCUUGGUCACAUGGUCCUUUAUACAAGUGUAUCAUCCAAGAAAGUAUGCGGCCGCCCACCUAUCACCGAUGGGAUUGAUGAAUCAGCCCUGAAGCGUGUUUUUGAGGUUGGAGAAGAGGUGACGCUUACAUGUGAAAUGGGGUACCUGCCUUCAACGACAACUCCCCGUAGGAUCAGCUGUACCGCCACAGGAGAAUGGACAAGCUCUGACCUGGCAUGUUCUCCCAGGAUGUGUCCGAUCCCCGGACCUCUGCAGCCAUUAGCUAUGGGAAGGACGGAAGCUCCAUUUAAGAGUGUGCUUAACUUCUCAUGUGAUGAUGGGUACAUCAUGCAGGGAGCGAAUGAGAGCAGAUGUUUACAUGAUGGCACCUGGAGCAAUCCACCACCUACCUGCAAAGCUGUAAAUUGCCCCCUGCCCAGGCCACCAGCAGAUGGAAGAAUUGUUCAUGACAAGCCAGUUACUGGAACAACCACCAGGUAUGGACAAGGCUGGACAUAUGAGUGUAACCCACCGAAAGCACCGAGUUUUGAGAGGGGAUCCUGCUCGGCUAAUGGAACUGUCCCAGAGCCACCAGUGUGUCGAGAUGUCAGCUGCCCCAUCCCAACUGGUAUACCAAAUGGUUUUAUCACCUUUGCUGUAAUGAGGCAACAUGGCUACAAGGACAAAGUUAGAUAUGCCUGCAAUGAGAAUUACGUUCUGCAGGGUGAAGCUGAGAUACAAUGCACAAACACAGGAAACUGGACCUCCAAGCCAGUCUGCCGGGCUCCUUGCAAAGUUGGCAUCAAAAGAGGUCGCAUCUUCUACAAUGCGAAGAAGAUCUGGAUUGAAGACCUGAAGCCCAACAGAGUCCUCCAUGGAGAGCCUGUUGUGUUCUAUUGUAAGAACAAAGCUGAGAAGUGUGGCUAUCCUGUAGCCAGCACCUGCAAUGAUGGCGUCCUCCCACUCCCAGAAUGCUUUGAGGAACCAGGCAAAGUCGAGUACAACUUAAGAGCCAAAACUCUUCCAUCAGAAAUUGCCAUGUGUGCUGCUUCACCUCCUGCAACUCCCUCAAGCACUGCAAGACCUACAUAG